UGAUUCCUUCUCAUCUUAGUUUUCUUAGAUCAGCUCGUAUGUCCUUUACUUAGUAAGUCACUUCAGAUAUAGCAUACAAUUUAAUGCCGAAAUUUCUCGCUAUUUCCCAGGUUGGCUAUCUACUUUCCUUUUUCCUUUCUGUUGCUCAGCAGCAGCAUUGCAUAUGCUACAGACAUACAUACACCAAUGUGAUUUCUGCUACUAUAUGUCUUAACCUCAUUCUAUCGAUGCUUGCUUGCAGUGAUUAAGACAAGUAACCACUACCACAGAGAAAGCAAAGUAUUGUCCUCGAGAAGAGGAACAAGUGCAAGGUUAGCAAUGGAGCUGGAGACAGGUGAGACACCAUUCAACCAAGCAUCAGAGCAGCUCACCAACAUAGCCUCUAGUUUGACACCCUGAAGCUACCACCAUCGAUCUCCGCCAAUAAAUGCCAAGUCCAACCCACCCUUUAGCUUCCAUGAUCCCCUGGCAGAUCAGCACUGCAUCAGAUAGCAGAACCAAAAUGGCCAAGACUUCGAGGUUGUGCUCUCUCCUCCUGAGGCUUCUAGCUGCAGCGGCCACCCUCUGCGCGACGGUGGUUAUGGCGACGAGCCGUGACUCCACCACCAUCUUUGGCUUAACCCUGGAUGCCAAGUUCCAAUACACUCCUUCCUUCGAGUUCUUUGUGGUUGCGAACGCUGUCGGCUGCGGCUACACCCUCCUCGUGCUCUUCGUACCUCCGACGACCUCGCUGUCGAGGUUGGUCAUCGUGUUCGAUGUGACGGUAGCGAUGUUGCUGACGGCGGCCACAGCGGCGGCCGGGGCCAUGGCGCAGGUGGGGAAGAAGGGGAACUCGCACGCCGGAUGGAUGCCCAUCUGUGGCCAGGUUCCAAGCUUCUGUGAUCAUGUCACGGGAGCUCUCAUAUGUGCCUUCGUUGGUGUAAUCGCCUACUUCUUGAUCGUGCUCCACACGAUCUACACAUUGUUGAGCCCUCUAUUUCCAUGACCAUCAUAGAUGCAUGAGUUACCAUGUAAGAAAUCUGUGUCCAUCUACGGUGGUAUUCUUCCCGCAAUCCUAUAGUCAUUAUCUUCAUCAACACCGCCAGUAUAAUCAUCAUUAUUAAUUUAACCGGUUUGA